AUGCCACCACGAAACAACCCCCUCCCCGCCGCAGUCCGCCUCUUCAACUGCACAAUCUGCGACAAAGGCUACCCGCGCCAACUCGACUAUGAAAACCACCUGCGCUCCUACGACCACAACCACCGCCAGCGCCUGGCCGACAUGAAGAAGCUGACGGCGAGCAACGAGACCGAGUCCGGGCGCCCGAAGCCCGGCGUCGAGAUGCGCAGCAUUGAUGUCGAAGCCGGCAAGGGCAAGAUGGGGAAGGGCUUUACGAAGAUUGGGGGGCCUGCUGCGGGAGGGGGAGGGAGGUUUAAGAAGGUGGGUGUUGCGGUUGGGGGGGCGGGCGAGAAGAAGGAUGUUGUUGUGGAGAAGGUGGAGGUUAAGGUUGUGGAGAGUGAGGAGAAGGUGUUGGUGCCUGAUGUAGUGUCUGAGAAGGUGGUUGAGACGAAGAAGGAAGAGGAUGCUGUUAUGGUGGACGAGGACGAGCAGGAGGACAUCACAUGGGAAGAAUACGAUUUCACAAAACCCACUGGAUGCUCGCACGGCGACUGCCCUGGACUCAAAACAGAUGGCAUCAGGGGCAGAGAGUGGAUCGCCGUCUGAAGUCAUCGCCAUAUACAUGACUCUACACACCCAAAGUGCCUCCACCCCACAUCUCCGCCUACUCCACAUCAUCAACCCCCACCAUAUCCCAUUUCACCCCCGUAAUCUGGAACACCUUCUCCACCGUCUCGGUCGAGCAUCUGUAACGGUGGGGUUUUAGCCUUUUCCAUCAAUUGCGGCUGUUCUGCCUCACGUACAUUGCGCUGAAUCCCUCAGGGCUGCUUUGCUGCAGGGAUUCGCAGAUUGGGUCGGCUUCUACUAUCUCUCGCGCUUUGCGGAGAAGAUCCGUCUCUUCACUGGAAACCAUGAAGUUUAUCCUCUUUUGGGGCGUUAGUUGUGGGUCGAUCGGGGGAGGCAG